AUGGCUGCCAUGCCCGUCAUCGUCCCUGCCGCCGCAAAACACACCCACACAGUCGUCUUCCUCCACGGCCGAGGGGACGUGGCCGAAAACUUUGUCGCCUCGUUGGAAUAUUCCAAGAGCUCUCGGGACCAGACGCUCCAGGAAAUAUUCCCCUCCUUCAGAUGGGUCUUCCCCAAGGCCGGCGUCGGCGCCUCCUUCUCAUUCGGCGGGAACAAGGUCUCGCAGUGGUUCGACAUCUGGAACGUCGCCGACUUCUCGGAGCGGGAGGAGAUGCAAACACUCGGACUGAAGGAGAGCGUGGCCAUGAUCCGAAAGGUGCUCCAUAUCGAGGCGGGCAUCCUGGGCGGGCACUGGGAUAGGAUCAUCCUGGCCGGCAUCAGCCAGGGUGCCGCGACGGCGACGCACGCCCUUCUCAACUUGAAGCUGCCGGAGGCGGCGGACGACGGCACCAAGUUAUCAGGCGGCUUGGCGGCGUUUGUUGGGUUUUCGUGCCGGAUGCCGUUCCCCGGGCGGACGUUGAGGGAAACGAGGGCGGUGCUGAGCUUGGAGGAUGCCCCGGAGGACGAUGAGGUGAUACGCAGGACGCCCGUGUUGCUGGAGCACUGCGUAGAUGACCCCUUGGUGUUGGUUGAGAACGGGCGAGUUCUGAGAGACACGCUGCGCGGAUUCGGGGCCGAGGUUCAUUCGAGGGAGUAUCCGGACGGGGGGCACUGGCUCAAUUCACCGGCGGGCAUGGACGACGUUGCCGAGUACUUGACGCAUGUUCUGGGGUUGACGCCUGCAAGUGCGGCAACGAACGGCACUGAGAUGGAUUUGUCUUGA